AUAUAUAUUUAUGUGUAAUCAUGUGAAUAUGGAUUAUCUUUGUAUUUUUAGGAGGACCAUCAAGACUGCUUGAAUCACAGACCAAACCUCCUUCAGCUGGAUCUCAGACCAAACCACUUUCUCCUGAACUGGUUGAGCGGUGUGCAAAUGAUUUCAAGUUCAAGUACAGGUCAACUGUCUGUAAGAUCAGAGCUGAUCCUCUCAAUCCUGCUUCCAUUGUGCAGUUAAAAGACAUGUAUACUAAUCUUGUCUUACUAGAAGAACAUGGGACAGAGAAACGAAUGCUAGAUUACAAUGAUAUCCUUAAUCUCGAAGUCAAUGGAGAGUUCCCCAAGCGGAUCAUGGUCCAGGGAGAGGCAGGGGCUGGAAAAACUACAUUUUGUGCUAAGAUUGCCUGGGACUGGAUUGAAGGGAGACAUUUCAGUCGCUUUGUGUGGGUCUUGAUUGUUCCUCUACGUGAAUUUAAGCAACACACUAUUGGCAAGAUUGUAAAGUCUUAUCUGGCCAAAACCAAUCCAGCAACGGUUUCUCAGAUUACUGAGUAUAUCCAGUCAAAUCCUGACAAGGUAUUCAUUGCAUUCGAUGGGCUAGACGAGGUCAGUGGCGAAAUCAUGAAGCCAAAAUCCUGCGAAUCACAGUCUACUGAUCAAAUGCAACUUCAGCCAUCACAGCCAAGUGUCAACUCUUCAGAGGCAUGUGGAAGCUCAUCUGAGACUGGUGAUAUUGGGCUUGUAGAUAUUCUUUGUUCAGACCAACUUGCCUCUUGCCCAGUCUUGGUUACCACUCGCCCCUGGAAAGCAGUAGAGAUUAGAUCAGAUGGUGAUCUAAUGAAGCUUUACACUUUCAUUCAUGUUAAGGGUUUCAACAGAGAGAAUUUGUCAGUUUACAUUCACAAAUACUUUCCAAAGAAUGAGGAUAAAGCAAAUCAGCUUAUCCAGUUCACCCGUGAGAAUGAUGUCAUAUCUGAAAACAUGGCCCACUAUCCUAUAUAUGUAGCCAUGUUGUGUCUUAUGUGGAAAGAACUUGGUGAGCAAAAACUAAAGGAAAUUAAAUCACUGAAAACUUUUUCUCAAAUAUUCAAAACAAUGAUUGCCUUUCUAAAAGAACAUUAUGCUCAGAAAGAGGUGAAGAAAGUAGGCAGCUCCUCACUUCGUGCCUCUUUGACAACAAUUGAUGAGCUCCUUGGACCAAUUGCCAAACAGGCCUUCAACGGUUUGCUAGAAAAUACCUUGGUUUUUGGUGAAGAUGAUUUCGAAAUAUGCCCAGAAUCCAAGGACACUGCCUGUAGGGUCGGGAUUUUGUCUCAGGAGGACAGAAUUACCACUAGCAUGGACAUGCAUAAAGGGAAUUCUUAUGUGCAAUUGCCAGUCUUCUUCCCUCACAAACUGUUUCAGGAGUACAUGGCUGGAGUCCAUCUUGCUUUCCUGUAUGAAUCAGAUCGUAAUGAAUUCAACAGGCUGAUUGAGCAAGUAGUGCUGCCAAGGAAGGAGGAGUUUAGGUAUCUCCUGUACUUCACUGUGUCACAGAACAAAAGUAUUGCCACCCAUGUAAUGAAGUCUAUGCUUCAGGGAGUAUACAGGGAUUCAUUCGCCAUACGUAGAGAGUUAACUUUCAUUGUUGAUGUAGCCUUUGAGAGUCAGGACCCAGAUGUAGCAGCCUUGGUGAAGGACAGGGUUUUAUCAGAGGAGAUUAAGCUGACCAUAUCCAAGGACAUGACAGCACACAAUGUAGCUGGUUAUGCAUUCAUGGGACAUGUGGUUGAACUCGGUAUUGAGAGAGAUUGUGGACCUACUAUGUCACUUGAUGUGGCAGAGAUGAUAUGCUCCAUUCCAUCCUUGAAGGAUUUUUUUGUUAACGAAGCUGCAUUCCACCAUCUUUUUUUUGAAACACUUGCAAGGAAAGGAAAAGAAUCAAAGGUCCAGUCUAUCGAGCUUGAUUGUAUCCAGUUUCCCACACCAACCUCAGGACAUCACCUAGCAGAAGCACUGUGUUCUAUGCCGAACCUGACUAAACUGAUACUCUCUGACGGGGAUCUCAACGAGGAGUUUUACUCUACAUUGAAAGGAAAGGCAUCAUCCAUACAGGUCCAGAUGUUCGGGAUGGAUGAUAUCCAGCUUCGCCGGCCCACUACAGCCUCACAUCACCUAGCAGAAGCACUGUGUUCCAUGCCAAACCUGACUUGCCUCUCAUUCACUGGAGAGGAUCCCAAUGAGGAAUUCUACUCUGCAUUGAAAGCAAAGGCAUCAUCCAUACAGGUCCAGACUCUCAAGCUUACAUAUCGCAACCGUCCCACACCAGCCACAUCACAUCACCUAGCAGAAACACUGUGUUCUAUGCCAAAGCUGACUGACGUGAAACUUGAUAUGUCACUCAAUAAGGAAUUCUACCCUGCAUUGAUAGCAAAUGCAUCAUCCAUACAGGGUUGUUUUCCUCAGAUCAGGAAGGGAAACUUCAGGUUCAAUGGAGUUGCUCAAGAUGACUUGAACUCAUUUCUUCACACCCUCACAUGUUGGCAAAGGUCAGUACAGUAUAUGUGAUAAACAAAAUUAAGAUUCAGGUAACAGCAUGUAGACUUUUCAUGAAUAGUGCGAUAUAUAAACAAUAUAAAAAGCCUCUAGU